UCGAAGCCGAAAGACGAUAUUCCAUCAGUUAGUGCUGAAAAUCCACAAUGGAUGGACAGUUGAUUUGGAUACUUUAAAGUACUCUUUCGAAAAUGGAAUACGGUUGAAUUCAAAAUGAUUUGGAAUUUCGUUUAUUUAGGAAUAUUUAUAGAAAUUUAAAAGUAUUCUGAUAUUAUUUUCAACCGUUUAGAAACUGAUUGGUGCUGAUACUGGACGACCCAUCGACCAUUCCAAAUAAUCUAGCCAUGAGGAUUCAUGGCAGAUUCAUUAUUCAAAUAUCAGUUCUAGGGUUCGUCCUGAUUAACUAUGUUUGUUCAAACAAAUACACAAAUACAUGGGCUUUAUAUAUUGAAGGAGGUGAAGCAGUUGCAAGAUCUUUGGCUCAAAAGCAUGGUUUUGUUUAUGUGGACCAGAUAAUGCCAGAUUAUUAUGCAUUUCAACAUAGAAAGGUAGCAAAACGGUCUGCCAUCCCUAGCUCCUAUCAUCACAGAACCAUAAUCCAAGAGCCAAAUGUAAAAUGGUUAGAACAGCAGGUUGUUAAAAAACGGGUAAAACGUGACAGAUAUUACUCCAGCAGCAUCAGCUUUAAUGACAAAUUCAAUGACCCAAAGUGGCCCAGGAUGUGGUAUCUGAUAAGAGGAGGUGGACUUGAUAUGAAUGUGAAGAGUGCGUGGGAGCAGGGUGUGACGGGCAGGAAAGUGGUGGUCACUAUACUGGACGAUGGCAUAGAGAAGGACCAUCCAGAUCUGAUGGACAACUAUGACCCUGAUGCCAGUUACGAUGUGAACUCUCAUGAUGAAGACCCACAGCCUCACUAUGAUUACACCAAUGAAAACAGGCAUGGCACUAGGUGUGCAGGAGAAGUGGCUGCUAAGGGAGAUAAUGGAGUAUGUGGGGUUGGAGUGGCUUAUAAUGCAAGGAUUGGAGGUGUGCGUAUGUUGGAUGGUGAUGUGACAGACUCUGUUGAAGCUCAGUCCCUCAGUCUCAGGAAUAACCACAUAGAUAUUUAUAGUGCCUCGUGGGGCCCAGACGAUGAUGGUCGAACAGUGGACGGCCCUGCAACACUGGCCAGGAAAGCCUUCUAUGAUGGAAUUACAAAGGGUCGUGGUGGUUUGGGUUCCAUCUUUGUGUGGGCGUCGGGUAACGGGGGUCGUGAUGGGGACAGCUGUAACUGUGACGGCUACACAAACAGUAUCUACACCCUCUCCAUCAGCAGUGCCACGGAGUUUGGAAGGGGGCGCUUGGCUACCACCUACAGCAGUGGAUCAGGCGGGGAGCGACAGAUAGUGACCACAGAUUUGAGAAAGAUGUGCACUGUCAACCAUACUGGGACCUCAGCUAGUGCCCCCCUGGCAGCAGGGAUUUGUGCCCUUGCCUUGGAGGCAAACCCCAAUUUAACGUGGCGUGACAUGCAGCACAUUGUUGUGAUGACAGCUCGCAAGGCAAAUCUGGAUGCUCCGGAUUGGGUCACUAAUGGUGUUGGCAGACUGGUAAGCCACUCGUUUGGAUUUGGUCUGAUGGACGCUGGAGCUAUGGUCCGCCUCGCUCGCAACUGGACCACUGUCCCACCCCAGCACAUUUGUGAGAUCCGCUCCCAGGAACGCAACAAACAAAUUCCAAUGAAUGGCAAGAUGGUUGUUUCCCUGAAUACUGAUGGAUGUAAGGGUACCAUCAAUUACGUGAAGUAUGUUGAGCACGUCCAGGCCAGAAUUACCCUCACUGCCGCCAGACGAGGCGAGAUUGAGAUCUACCUUACAUCGCCAAGAAACACGAAAUCUACUCUCCUAGCUCGUCGUGGACGAGACGUGUCGCGGGAGGGCUUCAACAACUGGGCUUUCAUGACAACACACAACUGGGGGGAAGAGGCUGAGGGCACCUGGUUCCUCCAGAUAGAGAAUGGGGCAAGCUCCUUCAGGUGGGCAGAGAUGAAGGACUGGGUACUCGUGUUGUAUGGGACAGAGGUCCACCCCCAGGACAUGCCCAAGACCACCACCAGUACCACCACUGCCGCCGACAGGAACAGCCUCAUAAAGCGCCACAAUAAAGAGGGUGGGUUUCCUCCAUUACCUAAUCCUGAAGUCAAUAAGAUCAGGGAAUACCACUCCCCUUAUUAUGUCAACAGGAAUCGUCCAAAAACAUACCCUACUUAUCACAACAGUGACUAUGAUUAUUACUAUGGCAACCAUCCAUCGCAUGAGAAACACAUUUGCAUUUUUGAGACUUUGGCCAAGAAAAACAACAUGUCUACUGGUGAAUAUUUGCGGAUGGUGCGGUCUAAUCUCUCGGAAGCUGAAUUAAAGGAUUGGAAAAUGACAAUCUACGGAACAGACAAGCACCCACAGAGCCAAAACAUUACUCAGCCUGUGUUCUCCAAACAUGCAAAUAAAUGUCCAGAGGGAACGUGCUUUGAAUGUAAAAUUGGAUUCUACAAGCACAAGGACGAGUGUGUGGCAACCUGCCCUGAAUAUUUUUAUGGUGACAUGGAAACAGUCAUGUCAAGAAAAAACAGCUCAAAAAAAGCCAAAAAAGAGACCAUGUUUUUCCGUCACGGGACUUGUAACCCUUGUAAUGAGGCCUGCAAGACAUGCAAAGGUCCUGAACUAGAGGACUGCUUUCAGUGCAGGAAGGGUUAUGAGCUUCGAGACAACUUGUGUCGCAAGAAAUUAAUCAUGAAUUUCUUGGACCCAGAUAUGCUGAGUUUCUUUGUCUGGGUCAUCAUCCUAUGCACCUCCGCCAUCUUGUUAUUCGGGGUCAUUUUCAUCAUCUUACAAGCAAGGGACCACAGAAUUCUAUGUUGGAAAGAGAAAAGACAUUUUGACGAGGGGAAGGGGAAAUAUAAUGGUGUUAAAUCUGCCAGUGAAAGUGCCGAGAAUGAGCAGGACCACCUGAACGUGGUGGUGAGGAACGUUCAUUAUCGACACGAGGAUAAUGAGUUCAUGUUACAUAGACCCUUACCCCCCCUCCCUGUGUCUCAUCAUGACCCCCACAUCCCCAGACUGUUACAACACUACAGAACAUGAGGACUCUGUUUUUAAAAAUUAAUGCUGUUAUUAGAGUUUUGUGUUCAUAUCUGUCUGCUGAAAAUCAAACCAUACUGCCAAGAAUGAUUCAGUGUAUGGAUCAGUGCAUAGUCAUGCCAAAUCAGUGCUUUUAUAAAAGGAAAAGUCAAAUUUCAGGGUUUUUUUUCUCAAAUGAACAAGUUGUACCUUGACAAGUAGGUUUUCUUGAUGCUGGAGUUAAAAGGGUUGUGCAAUUCUCUGCUGAAUAUUUUAAGCUAACUACAUGUACUUCAUUUGUUUACAAUUGUAUUCUCUGAUCUGUAAUUUUGAUUGUUUUGUAUAUUGUACAAAUAUUGUUUUUAUUGUUACAGUUGAUAAUUUUAUCAAAUGAUGAAGUAUAAUGAAUUUAUUAUAAACAAAUACUUGUACUUUUACUGAUAAUUUAUUGUUGCAAGUGUCUGUCUGUUGCAUAAGGGCAUUGAGAGUCCCCAACGUGAACUGAUAUCACAAUGUUCUGUUUGAGACUUGGAAAACCUUUAAAAUUGAAAAUUUAUAUAAACAGCAGUCUUUGUGUUAUUCUUGUUCGUUGUGGAGAUUGGUUCAUUUCUUAUCCCCAAAAUCUCCAUUUGAAUACAACCUCGCACACCAUUUCAAAUCCGUUUUAUCAGUCAAAUUUUCAAACAUUGAAAAUAUGUACAUUUGAAGCUAAUGUUCAGAAAUUGAAAAUGAUUGAUUAACUUUAUUAAAUAUACUUUUCUUGUUAAAUUUAACCUUGAUUUAACCAGUAGAGCUGCAUUUUUACAAGCAAAUGAUUUUUUUUAAAAAUACAUGUAUUUUUAUGUUGUAUAAAUUAUCUUUUACCCAUUGCAUAUAUAGAUAAAGUAUAUGUAUAUACAAAGGUCAACAACAUACUAAGCAAUGUUGAAAUCACUGUGUAUGCAUUGUGUUCAGUGUUGGUUAUGUGUCUUAUUGUUAUGAGGUGCAUGCAUGAAUUUCUGUGUGAAAUAUUGGCCAGUUCUCUUUACCUUAUAAGGUUAUUCUGCUUAGUAUUGUCCUUAAAUUAUUUGUUCAUUUAUAAUUGUACUAGAAAUCCAAAAACAAUAACUGUUCAAACUACAUAUUUUUGGGGUAUUCUGGUGCACAUUGUGUUUUUUGUUGUAAUUAGUGUUUCAGAAACUCGUUUGUAAAGACCAGAUACUCGUUUGUAAAGACCAGAUGUUACCGAUGUCCUCAUUAAGAUUUUUUCUGGUGAGAAAAAAUUUUUGUUCAGGGAUUAUAACUUUUUUUUUUAAAUUGAGGACAUGUGUAUAUGCACUGUUAGCUUACUGCAUGAAAAUAUAAGUGACUGAUGCAAUUGAACGUGGCCUUAUUCAAUCUAUGGUCAAAACACUAGGUUAUUUUGUUUUUAUGGAUACCGAUUAUGGAUGGUUUAUCAUAAUCCUGGAGGAGACAGUACCCACCAGCCCAGUCUAAUAGCAAGAAAAUGCUAGAAAAUACUUUGGUUUUGCAUCCAAAAAGUAAGAGAAAGAUAAGUGUACAUGUAAGAAGCAAGUGUUGAACCAGCGACUUUGAUUUUUGGCUAAUUGCAGUGUUAAACCAGUAUCGUCAGUAUUUGACCACUUACAUUUUCUGCUAGAGGAAAGCUCAUAUUGGCAUGAAAUAUCUGGUGUGUUUAAAUAUCUUAUAACAUCAACUGACCAUUUUUUGUAGCUGUGAAAUGCACAAACUUUCAUGCAUAAUUUGAUAAAAAUAGCCAGUAGAUCUUAGACCAAACAUUUUUUGAUUGCAUUUAUGAGAAUUUUUUUUAUGUUUAGUUAUGUUUAAGUAUUUUAGAGGCAUGCCAUUUUUACGUACAUUUACUAUUUUGUGAUAAUUGAUGCAGCAUUAUUAUGAUUUUUAAAGUUGUUUUUUCCUCAACAUUUUAUAAAUUGCCCACCCAGACAGUGGAAGUAUUCACCGAUGACUUUUUAACGUUGCUUUUCAUAAUUUUGUUGUCACAUCAAUUGAAAUACUUCUACUAGUAAAUAAGGCAAAUUGGGAGUCUUAAAUUGAUAACAAUAAAUAUUUAGCUUAAAACUGUUAGAAAGUUGUUUGAUGGUUCACGUUUUUCAUAUUUUUAAAUUUUCAUUCUCGAGCAAACAGUUAUUAAUUAAUUCCAAGAAAUUUACCUCUUGUGAAAACAGAGAAAAACAGAGGGAUACAUUAUUGCAGCUAAGAAAAAGCUGUGUUAUUAGUUACUGUUAAUAGCGGACACUUUGUGUUUAAAACUUUUUUCUUUUUAUUUUAAAUUUCUUGAAAAAGUCCCUCCGUGACUUUGGGAGUAGAUUUCCCCUCCUUAUCAAAAACAGUUAAUUUGGAAGUUAUGAUGCAUCAUUAAGUAGUUGUGUGUAUUUAGAGUCUCUAAGCUGAAGUAUUGAAAAUGUUGUGUCUAUAUGUAUUGUUUAAAAGUGUGGAUAGAGAAUGGUGGAAAUGGCUCAGAUUUUUCUUAUCCACAUGUUUAAUGUUUUCAUAUGGUUGUCUUAAAAAAUACAAUUUAACAAAAAAAAAAAACUUUCAAAAAUUUGACUUUGUAUGUGUAUUGGAUAAUAGAAUAAUAAAGUACUGAACACUUUUAUUAUCUAUUUUAAUUAAAAGUAAAAAAAAAAUAAUUGUUUAAUUUUUGGUAUGUGAUAAGUUAAUAUCUGAUUGGCUGGUAUAUGUAUGUUUCUUAUCAUUUUAGAUGGUGAAUAACAUUUGUUUUGUCAUUCAUGAACACAUUUGUACAUGAUGAAAUGUAUGUUGCUUAUUUCUUGGAACUGUUUCAUAUAGUGUACUAGUCAGAAAUGCCAUAAUUGAUUAAAAACCAAAUGUGAUUUAAAUCACCCAGAUAUCCACUCUUCAUCCUUUACAAUGCCUGAAGAUGAGCAAAGUGGUAUUUAGAUUUUAUAAGCAAUUGCCAAAUUAGUAAUAAGACCAAAAGUACUUUUUUUUUAAAUGUUGAAUUAGAAUAUAUCAUUAAUUUUUCUGAAAUUUACAAAAAAAUUGCUGAUAUUGCAACAUUAAAAACUUCAUGUAUCUUAUAUUGUACAAUACAUACAAUUUUUUGUUAUAUUUUUCUCCAUUAUGUUUUUUUUUGUUUUUGUGAGAUGUAUAUAAUUUCUAUGAAAUUGAGUCAUAAAAUCUAUGCUGUUUACAUGGUCAGCUAUUUGACAUGUUACUUUGGUCAGUAUGUUGAGCAAUAAAUAAUAGAUCUUUA